GUUACUCAACACAACACGGGUUAGGUACCAUUGCCCACUUUGAGUCGUUCUCCUGGCGCCAGUGUUACAAGAUGCUACUCAAGAUCGCUGCUGUUUGCCUUUUUGCCAUUUUGGCUCUUUGUCCCCCUGUCGUCCAAGGUCAGGUAGCAUCUGUGGUCCCAGAGGAUUGCCUGGGAUGUUUGUGCCAGGCCAGUACAGGUUGUAACAUGACGAUUCCUUGCACAUCUGGUCACCAAUACCUUUGCGGCCCCUUCCUUAUUUCUUGGGCUUAUUGGGCAGACGCAGGCAAAUUCGUUCUAGCGAACGAUGACCCUGAACGGAAAGGAGCUUUCGAGGCGUGUGUCCAAGAUGCUGUGUGCGCUGGAGAAACUGUUCGUGGAUACAUGGCAAAGUUUGCUCAGGAUUGCAAUGGAGAUGGCGCCAUUAACUGUGAUGACUACGCCCACCUCCACAUUUUAGGUGGAUUCGGCUGCAACGCACCAAUUGCUCAGACACCUUUCUACCAAGGUUAUCUUGCAUGCAGAAACACAGUUCAGUCUUUGUCGGGUUGAUUUUUUUAUCGUAACUUAUCGCCGUUGCUAGCCGAAAAUUUUCUUACGUUGUGUUAAAAGUCUUUUGGGAUUUAGUAAUUUAAACGAAAAAAUUUGCAUUGCUGAUGUGUUUAUAUCGACGUAUUAUUAAAUACACGCUUGGUCAUGAAA